UCUAUUUUCAAUUUAAAACUCAAAUAAUAAGAGUUAUUCCAUAAAUUACCUUCUGGAAAACAAUAAAAACAAUACAACGAAAAAUCUUUAUCUCUCGAUAUUACACAUUUUGCUUUUAAAGUGCCCAUUAUUUCACUUGGUAUUUUUUUAACACCAUAUCAUAAUGCUCCUUCAAACUCAGGAUAAAGAAAAGGGAAAGGUGAACCCUAUGAAAGAGUUGCGUAUUCGCAAACUCUGCCUUAACAUUUGCGUCGGUGAAUCUGGUGACAGAUUGACAAGAGCAUCAAAAGUGUUGGAACAGCUUACUGGGCAGACACCUGUAUUCUCCAAAGGUGAGUUCUUAUGUUUUUGUAUUUUGCUUUUUCUUUUGUAAUUUGAAGAAGAAUAGGCAUUGUUAUGGAAUGAAAGUCUUUAUCUAUAAAUUCAAUGCCUGUCCUUUUUAUUAGGGUUUAGGGGAGUAUUAUUGUUAACACUUUCCUACCAAGGCCAACGUGAUAAUUAAGGAGUCCUGAGCCCUUGUGUUCAAUUCAGCCGCCUUUGGGAGUCCUGAGGGAUGUUCAAACCUAAAAAAGAAUGAAAUACUAGAUUCUUCAUUACGCACAAGCCCCCCCCCCCGCCAACUUUCUUUUUUUCCCCUCUCAUAGAGCUCGGAAUAUAGGGGUUGUUUUUUGAAGUCGGGGGGGGGGGGGGGGGGAUUAGAAGGGGAUCACUGACUAAGCAGUGGACACACACGUCAUCAUUGUCCUGGACCUGGUGUGAAGCUGAUCACCCUGAAGGCUGCUAAUACGCUGUCCGUGAUUGGUCAGCUCUAAUUUGAGCACCCCUCCUAUUUUUUCGUAUGCAAAUGCGCUUAUUACUGGUGACUGAUUUGCGCUGAGUAAAGUGAGGGCUAGUGAUUAUUUUUUUUUUAUUAUAAGACGGACUCGUUUUGGCUUUGAGGUAUUGCUGGUUGUAGGAUCAUUUUGUUUAAAAUUGCAGGACGACCAAGAAACAAUAACUAAAAUUGUUGAUGCAACAGGCAUUUUUAAUGGUGCAGCAUUUGAUUUAUACGCGCACCUUGUGUGGCAACAAAUAACGUUAAUACAACUGGAAUUUCUCCUAAGGCGCUUGUAACAAUUGCAAUGUGGCUUGUAAGCUGGGUUCGUAUGUCAAGUGUGUGAGCUCCCCAUAAUUACCGGGAUCUGCAUAUACCCGAAACAGGAUCUCACCGUAACCGGUAUCCCACCAGGAUCGGUAACCCACUGGAUAGGGAUCCCACCGGGAUCAGGAUCUCACUAGGAUCAAAAUCCUAUCAGGAUCAGAAUCUCACCGAAACGGGAUCCCAUCGGAUUGGGAUACCACCGAAAAUGGAUAUCACCGGGAUCAGGAUCCCACCGUGACCAGGAUUCUAUCGGAAUCACAUCGGGUUCGGGAUCCCAUCAUGAUCCUUCCGGGUGCCAUCGGAAAACAGGAAAAACGAAAGGUUUACAUAAGUUAUUUUAAUUGUUUUUAAUAGGAGACAAAUUAAUUAUUAUUAUUUUUACUGUAGUGUUGUUGUUUUGUUGUUGACAUUUCCUUUAAUAGCAAUGUGAACUAAAAGGACGUAGCAGAUGUUUUUGUCUGAAUGCAGCCCCGGGCGACUCCGGUUAUCGUUGAUAGUAAAGUUAUAAAAUAAAUACAUCUUUUAUUUUAACAAGAUUCAUCCAAUUGGGCAACUUUUAUAAAGUAUCUUUAAAGACAGAAGAGUUAUCCUUGAUUUACCACAAUGGCUCCGUAAAACACGAAAGAUUCAUAAAAAUGUACUUUUUUUAUCUCGUAAAAUUUGUUAAAUUGUUGUUGUAUUCCAAUAAAAAGAUGGUAUAUAACUUUUAAAAUACUUUUUAUAAAGAAUUAACAUAAGUUUACACGGGAAAAUAAGAGAUUCAAACAGAAAUAAUAUACGCACCUGAACUGCACUUUUACCGCCUUUUUGCUAUUUUAUUUACCAAUGCCGAAUGGGCUGACAUUUAGAAAUAUGCUAUAUAACUGAUUAUGACAUUGGUCUUUGGAGCUUAUAGUUUUAAAAAAAAUCUAUUUCACUUUGAUUAGACUAAUUUAAUAAUUUUUCAACAGCUCGCUACACUGUGAGGUCCUUUGGUAUCAGGCGUAAUGAAAAGAUUGCUGUCCAUUGCACUGUACGUGGAGCUAAAGCAGAGGAAAUCUUGGAAAAGGGGCUUAAGGUUGGAAUCACUUUUCAAUAUUAUGAGGGCUAAUUUGGAGUGAUAGCAUUCUAAUGGCAUUUUUUGCGUGUUUUGUCCCUGGUUUUGAUAGGGUCUAAACCCAGGUUAGGGAUAGGUUUAGGGUUCAGGUUAGGUUAAGGGAUACAUUUACAGACCUGUUUACUCUUACGAUUUUGGCGUACAAUGUACGAUUUUGAGGCCUAAAUAUUAUAUAUACUGUGUUUUUUUACUAUUCAGAUAAUGUAUUGAACGAUUUUGUGAGGAUAGUGUACGAUUUUAAGAGUUGGAAGGUAAACAGGUCUGCAUUUAGGACAUAAGUUAGCGGGUCGCUGCAACUAAGAUGGCUGCCACGCUGCUAUCUCACCAAAUUUAACAUUACGAGUAAUCAUUUUAUAGAAAUUAUUAGAAAGUUUGCACGCUGGCACGAGCUUCAGUCUUGGGUGGCUGAAGCUUGACUUAUCUGAUGUGCUAUAAUAAUUCCUGUUAUGCAACUCGGCAAACCUGUGUGGUUAUGUCUGUUACUACUUACAGGGUACAUUUUACUUAUAUUUUUUAUAUAUACUAAUAAUCUAUAGUUUCCUUUUUAACAAUCCAUUAUUUGUUGUCAACCUUUUAAAUCUGUAAACUGUUCAAUAUUAAUUCAUUCCCAAUCAUUGCGCCCUAGUGAGUAGCCACACACCUCAUAUUUUGAUUUAAAUAUGAAAUCUCACUCAAGCCCUUUGUGUAUGGCGUGAUUUCAAUAUUAAGAAACUGAUAUUUUUUUACCUUGUUACUCUUUCAAGCAAUGUGUGCUUUUGUGCUGUGCAUCUAUAUCUUAACAUCUGAUUUGCAAAAUUAGAUCUUUUGGUCACAGCUUGUUAUUUGUGCACUCCAUUGUUUUAUUUUCAUUAAACAUAAUUAAUUUCUGGCUGCAUAUAAAAUAUUCUUAAUUUAUUAAUGUUCAUAAUCAGCAGCUUAAAACUGAGUUUAUUCCCUUUGUUCAGAAAUAUAGCUUAAGAACAGAAGGGUUGAGUUUAAAUUGUACUAAAGAGCCUGGUGUUGUAUACAUUUUGCUGGCCAUAUUCUGAUGUAUGACUUGGUUGCUAAGAAUUCACCAUAAAUAUUAAUUUCAAGUUCUUCCACUUGUUGCUUAUAGGUCCGUGAGUAUGAGUUGAGAAAGAACAAUUUCUCAGCCACUGGAAACUUUGGCUUUGGUAUUCAGGAACACAUUGAUUUGGGUAUCAAGUACGACCCCGGCAUUGGCAUCUAUGGUAUGGACUUCUACAUUGUUCUUGGACGCCCAGGUAUGUAGUCAACAUUAUCACAUUUGUUUUUAGCAACAUCCUAUACUUAAGUGGUUCCCACCAUGUGCUCCCUUCAGCUCUAAUGUCAAGCGCUUCUCAGGGAAACUGGUGUUGCUCCCUUCCUCUGUAAAAUUGACGACUCGUUAUACAUAGGUUUUGCUUAAGGUUGCGACUAAAUGCGUGCUCUGGGGGUUCCUCCUGAUGCGUCCCGGCGCAUAGCGACACACCUCUCUUAUUUUUUUAGUUAAAAAUAGCAAUGAAAUCUCGCAUCCCUCGAGACUUCCGGCUAUGGCAUGAUUUCUGCGUGAUUUUAAUUUAGAAACCGGAAGUUUUUAUCUUGUUUCACUUUAAAACUAUGUGUGCUUUAGUACGGCGCAUCUAUAUGUAGCAUGUGUUCGUCCGAGGUGCCGAAAAUCGAUUUUUUGGCCAUUGUUCGUUAUUUUUUCAACGCUAAUGUUAUAUUUAUAUUAAACCUUAUUCAUUUUUUGUAUAUUUAGCAACUUAAAAAAAUAUUUUAAAAAUGUAAAUCAAUUUCAAAACUGGGUUGCUUCCCUUUUCUCAGGAAAAUAAAUUAAGUCCGGAAGUAGCACUGCCGGAGGGAAUGAGUUAAUAUUCAGGUUCUCUAUUUCUUUGAAUACUGUUUUGUAAGAUCUAAGCAAAUGUAAAUCCCAUUUAUGGUAAAGUAAAGUGAUUUGGUUCAUUGUACAGGCUUCAAUAUCAGCCAGCGAAGAAGAAGAAAGAGUGCCAUUGGUGCUAAACACAGAAUCAGUAAAGAUGAGUGUAUGAAGUGGUUCCAACAGAAGGUAAUUGUUUUAUACUAAGAUAUAUCAUGUGGUUGUAUCAGUUUUAUAAAAGCUAACAGUUCAGUCAGUUACCAUUUGUUUCUGACGUAGACGCGUUUUUCAAAAUAUGCAAAAAAUUUGGGGUGUCUUUAUAUGUGUUUAAAACGGGGUUCAUUUUGUACACUGCAGCGUCCUAUAAACCAGCAAAUAAAAUAUGUUAACCAUUUUGGCUAGUUUGCUGUUGGGUCUUUCAUUAGAUUUUCUGGCAAUGUAUGCUUUUUUCAUUUUGUCUUUGAGUUAAUUUUAGUUUAAGUUGUAGAAUAUUUAUUUAAAAAAAAUGUUUGUUAUGUUUUUCUUUUGCAGAAAGUUAUUAACUUUAUUAUAUUUUUUAUUUCCAGUACGAUGGUAUCAUUCUACCAGGCAAAUGAGCGAAAUUGUUAAUAAAUACUGAAAAUAAAUGAUCCUCUACUGCUCUUUUGUAUUUAAAGAAUUUGUGAUGUUUCACAUGUUGCUUUGUUUGUUUUUGUUAUUGUGUAUUGGUGUUAUCAGUAUUUAGCUAAGUUGGAGGGAUCAUGCAGGCACUGAUUCUUAAAUUAAUAUCAAUGUAUGAACUUGAUUAAAAUGUGGAUUAAA